CUUUGUUGCGUUCGUUCCUUCCCAACCCAAUGAGCUCCUCCGGCGGCCAGUCCCUUAUCCCGGCAAUACAUCGUCGCCGGAAACAUCCAAAUUCGGCGGUCACCGUUAGGGAAAGGGUCCACAAAAGUGAGGUCUCGGAGUCGGCGAGGAAGCUCGCAGCUAGAUUGUGGAAUUUGCGGUUUAUGGAUGUCUCAGCUCAUGCUGGUUCUGGUUCUGCUUUUGGAUAUUAUUGGUCCUUUCCUUCCUCCAUCUUUCAGUUUCAGGUAGCUAAUGGGAAUAAUGGACAAAAUUUUAAAGAGACAAAAUAUCAGAUAAGGAGGCCAAAAACCGUCUUGCGUUCAAGAAAUGGACUUAGAAGUGAGCUAGGUCAAUCUUCUACGCCAUCUCUCAAAAGUUCAAAAGAAGUUGCAACAGAAUGGAACCCAACUCUUGUUGAAGAAUCCAACGAGUUAACUAUGAUCCAUAGCAGGAAGCAUCUUGAAGACAGAAAAUUUGUUGGUGACAGCAGUGACUUCGAUGUCACUAUUCUACUAGAAGAACUUCUUCAAGCUCAAAUGUCUAUCAGUAAACUUCACGCUGCACAAAAGUCCAUUAAGAAAAAAGUGGGACGAUUUUUGCAGAAUCUUGAGGAUGAAAAAGUCUUUUGGAAGUGUAGAGAAUACCACAAAAUUGAAGCAAUCAUCAAUGACCUAGAGGACAAGUUGGUAAUGGAAAGAAGAAGCAGAAAAAAGAUGGUCAUUCAAAAUACCAAAUUGGCACAUGAACUUGCUAAAGCCAAGUUAUCAGCCAAGCAGUUCAUGACAAAAUACAACAAACAAAAGAAAGAAAGAAAACUACUAAGAGAAGUGUGUAACGAAUUCGCCAUGCAAAUAAGAGAAGAAACGGCUAAGUUUGAUGAAUUACAGAGCAGUACAUGAAAAUUUGCAAGAAAGUGGAAGAAGAGAGGAAUAUGAUGCAAAUUAUUGAUCAAUGGCGUGAAGGACGCGUGCAAAUGGAGCUAGAUGAUGCACGGUUUGUUCUUGAAGAUAAAUAUUAUCAGAUGAUCCGAUUGAUUGCUUCUCUCCAAAUGAUCUUAAGAUCAAAGGGUGCUGACACCUUGGGACCGAAGGAUAUUGAGUUGAUCAAACAAGCACUGGAAUCAAUAAAUAUUCAACGGAUUGAGGAGCUUCCAUAUGAUUUGUCAUAGUAAGACAAUAUCCCAUUUUUUAAGGGCUCACAAAAGAGAAAACGGGUGAGGGUGAUUUUCAACCACAUUCAAUUCCCAUCCCACUCUUAUGCCCCUUUAGCAACAAUGCACAUUGAAAGUCUUGAGGA